AUGGGAAAGGAGCGACGCAAAUCCAGGAGUCGGAGCAGACGCCGGAACGAUGAUGAGGACGCGGAUCUGUCUCCAGAGUCAAGGUUGCAGCUGCUUGAGGUGGAAAAUGCAACAUUGAAGGCAGAGAACCGCGAGCUGCGAAAGAAGCUUGUAGAGGCUUUGCGUCAAGGUGGAAAUGGCGCGCGCAGCAAGCCGGACAAGCAGAAGGAUGACGGUAACAGGGCUGCCCGGGCGACAGAGGAGGAUAAGCGAUCGGCGCGUGAGGAACCUGUCGCAGCAUCAGACACCAACGCGGUUCUUCUCGUCAAUGCCCAGAUGGAGGCUUACAACGAGCCUAUCCCCAACAACAUUCCACCGGAGAAGCGGCUGCCCAUGGUGGAGAAGAAGCUGAUGCGGUUCAUGGUCCAGUUUGAUGACAAGGUGCAGAUCCUUGACCUCAAAUCCGGACAGACCAUCAUCAAGGAUCGCAACCUCUUCAUCAAGAGGUAUACUUGUGUCUUCAGGGAGUCCGGUUCGAAGCUUCAGGGGCGUCGACCUGAGGUGUGCAUGUGUCGCUCUCCAUGA